AUGAAUUUCACAAUAAAUGAAAUACGGAGAUCGGGUACUCAUGUAAAAUAAUUUAUUAUGACAGACAGAAGAAGAACUCAAUUAACUAACAUUGGAUGAGAACAUGGGGGAGUUGAGAAGAGCACAAUACAUUCUUUAGAGAGGUCAUCCAAUUUAAAAAUAUGCAGUAUGAUGGAUUAUAAUUAGAUUUACUCGAACCUCCAUAAGCUAUUUAAGGUGAGCGGAUUUAGUUUGUUAUUUCCGAUAAUCAAUGAGGAUUUAGUGAAGCAAGAUGAAGACACGAUUGCAAUAGCUAUUAAAGAAUUGUUGAUGAUUGCAAAACAGAUGAAAGAGUAGGAGCAAUAGAUGUUGCUCAAUUAGACGUUUCAUUUUAUGAAGAAUUACAAUUUGAAAUUGGCAGAAGGAUGGUUUGAGUUAUUUGAAAUGUUGUAUUGUUGUGACAUUCACAAUUCAAUAAGAUUGAUAGAUGAGUUAACUGAUAUUGAGGCAGAGACAUAUUGGAGAUUGAGAGGAGCUCGAUUGCUACAGUACAUCCCGUAGAUCGAGAGAAUACAAUUACUUUGCAUGGAUAAGGAUCCUCAGGUAAGGUUUGAGAUUGUGAAGACAAUCUAGAUUGUUUACUGUAGUUUUACUCCUGAGAAGUUUAGUACUUAUUUGUAAAUGAAGGUAUAUAAAUAAUAUAACAAUGAAGAUUUUUGAGUUGAUUUAUGAUUAUGAAGUACAAGUAAGGAUGGCAGCAAUUGAGAUGUUUUUUAUGGUUUAAUCUCAUUUAUAAGAUAGGGAAAAAAUGAUAACAAAAUAAUUCUUUGAAUUCCUAAGUUCCCAGAAUGUAUAAAUUAUAACAAUAAUGUCAAGAAUUUGUGGGAAAGUAUUAAUGGAAAUCAUGGAUGUAAAACCUGAUAUUUAAAAAUUUCUAAAAGUGUUCAUUUCAUUUGCUGAAAACUCAAAUGAGGAAUAUCGNCUGAAAAUGUUGAUAAUUGAAUUUUUAUUUUUAUAUUAAAGUUAUUAGAAAAAGCAAAAGAUAAUCAAGAUGUACAAAUCUAAUCGCUUAAUUUUAUUUUUUAGCCACCUUUAAAAAAUACUAAAGUUAGGAGUUAUUUUUAUCUCUUUAAAUUUGUUAAAGUGCUAAGAUAAAGUUAUGAAUCUCAGUUACUUUUGGGAGUAGUGA